AUGGCCUACAUCUCACCAAUCGUGUCGCCCAUCUUGGCGUUUGCUGUCUUCUCGAUCAUCGCACAAAACAGCGGCGGCCAAAGCACACUGGACACUGCCACCGUCUUCACUUCCCUCUCGCUGUUCACACUCCUCACUGAGCCUCUAGGAUCUCUCAUCAUGGCACUUUCUUCGCUCAUGGGAGGUGUGGGGUCGUUCAAGAGAAUCCAGGAGUUCUUGACGCUAGCUCCGAGAAAUGAGCAGCGCAGAUUCCCUUCCAUCUAUGGUGGCAGCACAACGUCGCUGUUCGCAGGUGAGUCGAUCAAGGGAUCCGAGAGUUCUCAAAAGAGCCGCGGCUCUGUUGAAGUGAAGGAGUUCAGUGCGCUCGGCUCUCAGGCUAUCGUGAUCGAGAAUGGCUACUUCGGAUGGGACCCGGUCAAGCAGCCAUCUGGUACCUUGCAGGAUAUCGACAUGAUCGUCCCACGCGGGAAGAUUACCAUGGUCGUGGGACCGGUAGGGUGUGGUAAGUCAACCCUGCUCAAAGCAGUGUUAGGAGAGUUGCCUGUAAUGGGUGGCUCCCUGCAGGUGUCUUCCCUGCGGAUCGCCUUGUGCGACCAAACCCCAUGGCAUGUGAACGGCACAGUGCAGGAGAGCAUUAUCGGUGCAGCAGUAUUCGAUCAUCGGUGGUACUCAUCGGUUGUUCGGAGCUGCGCGUUAGAUGAAGACCUCCGGCAAUUACCUCAGGGUGAUCAAACCGAGAUCGGCAGCAAGGGUAUCGCAUUGAGCGGAGGCCAGAGCCAACGAAUUGCGCUUGCCAGAGCAGUCUACGCCCAGAAAGACAUCAUCAUCCUCGAUGACUGCCUUAGCGGUCUCGAUGGCCAGACCGAGAACCGCAUCUGGCACAGCCUCUUCGGCUAUGAGGGGCUAUUGAAGCGAUGCAGAACUACUGUUCUUGUUGCAUCCUCAUCAGCCAAACGUCUACCCUACUGUGAUCAUAUCGUCUCUCUCGACAGCAAUGGUAGCAUCUCGGAACAAGGCCCCUUCGAGAAGCUAAGCAAGUCAGGAGGCUAUGUAUCAGGCUUUGAUCUCGGACGCGCCGACUGGGACUACCGCCCAGAGAAGCACAUCUACGAAGAGCCGCCACGAUACACUGAGCGUCAGGUCACCGACACCCAGCUCACAGAGGACGACGUCCAAGCGGAAGCGAACCGCCGCACUGGAGACACAGCCAUCUACCUCUACUACAUCAGCACUGUGGGCUGGAUCCCGACGAUCAUCUUCAUCAUUUCCAUUGUCAUCUUCAUCUUCGGUAUCUCGUUCCCAACAGUUUGGGUGAAGAUGUGGGCGGAGUACAACGAGAACCACCCCAACGAGCGACUCGGUUACUGGCUGGGCAUCUACGCCAUGCUUGGUGGGCUUGCUCUCUUCUUCCUCAUGGUCAGUUGCUGGCAGCUCAUUAUCACGAUGGUGCCUCGUUCCGGUGUCACAUUCCACAAGAAGCUGCUGGAUACAGUGCUCGCAUCGCCCAUGUCCUUCUUCUCCACCACCGAUACCGGAGUGACGCUCAAUCGCUUCAGCCAAGAUCUCAUGUUAAUCGACAUGGAGCUGCCAGUCGCUGCACUGAAUACCUUCGCCACUUUCGUUCUGGUCAUCGGACAAAUGGUUCUCAUCGCUGUCGCGGCUCCCUACGCAGCCAUCUCAUUCCCUGUCGUCAUUGUCGCAGUCUUCUUCGUACAGAAGUUCUACUUGCGCACGUCGCGUCAACUCCGCUUCCUCGAUCUAGAAGCGAAGUCGCCGCUCUACACUCAGUUCAACGAGAUACUGGAAGGCUUGGCGACUAUUCGUGCCUUUGGAUGGCAGAGUUUUGUCGAAGAGAAAGCCAAAGCGCUGCUUGACCGCAGCCAGCGUCCCUUCUACCUUCUCUUCGCGGCACAACGAUGGCUGACGCUUGUCUUGGACCUCGUUGUUGCAGCUGUUGCCACCAUUCUCAUCGUCCUCGUCGUCACAUUAAAGGGAAAGCUCAGCGCAGGAUAUGUCGGUGUUGCACUACUGAACGUCGUACUAUUCUCUCAAAGCAUCAAGCUGCUCAUCUCCUUCUGGACUCAGCUAGAAACACACAUCGGAAGUGUGGCUAGGAUCAAGAACUUCACCACCGAUGCCAUCGCGGAAGACCAUGAGAGCGAAGAUCACAUUCCCGCUUCCAACUGGCCAAGCGCGGGCAAGAUCGAAUUCAGAAGCAUCGAAGCAUACCACCGACCCGGUGAGCCCGUCAUCUCAAACUUCUCCCUCUCUAUCAACCCUAGUGAGAAGGUGGCCAUCGUUGGUCGCACCGGUAGUGGAAAGUCGUCACUAGUCCUCUCACUCUUCCGCAUGGUCGAGCUCUCGUCUGGCAGCAUUACCAUCGACUCCGUCCCUCUUACCCGCAUUCCUCGUCAAACCAUCCGCAGCCGCCUCAUCGGCCUACCUCAGGACGCGUACCUACUACCCGGCUCGAUCCGCCUCAACGCCGAUCCUUUGAGAGAGUCGAAUGACAAGGCCAUCAUGGCCGCGCUGAAAGACGUCCAGCUCUGGGACAUCAUUGUGUCCAAGGGUGAUGUCGACAAGUACGCGCAUCCGCUAGAUGUCGAGGUCGAAGACCUCCACUUCUCGCACGGACAGCGCCAGCUCUUCUGUUUAGCGCGUGCCAUGCUCAAGAAGGACAAGUCCACCGUGGUCGUCAUGGACGAAGCCACCAGCAAUCUCGAUGCUGCAAGCGACGCCCAUGUUCAACGCCUUCUUCGCUCCCGCUUCCCACACCACACACUCAUUACCGUCGCGCACAAACUCGACACCAUCCUCGACUUCGACAAGGUCGUCGUCAUGAACAAGGGCCAGCUCGUCGAGUACGGCUGCCCGCACAAGCUGUUGGACCGCCAAGGAAGCUGGUUCAAGAGCCUCUACGAGGACACCGCACGAGGAGGAGACGUAGAGGACGACGAUGACGAUGACGCGAUAAACACCGUAUCGCGAUAG